AUGAUCCGAAAAGAUUAUGUCACCGCAAAUACGCAUGAACCAGAUUCGUCGAUGCUGUACCGCCGGUUGCUAUAUAUGCAGAUUGCGGGGAGUCGUUCCCCAAUUCAAGAUAUCCUCGAAGCGGUACCAUCGCGUUACCGGGGGCCGGGAGGAGCAGUUGCGGUCUUAAAGAAUGGCGAACUGGCUGGGAAACACGCUUGGGGUUAUGCCGAUUUGCAGAGGCGGAUCCCCAUGGACUCUUCAACGCUGAUGCCAAUCUGUUCUAUCACGAAACAGAUGCUGUGCAUGAUACUGAAAGAUCUCGAAUGCAACCCGACGCCGGAGAUGGCAAAGCGGGGCAGUGUGCGUCAGCAGUUUUCAGACAGUCUUGACCAACUACUACGCCCCGAAAUAAUGGGGAAAACGGGACUCAGAAUAGCGCACCUUUGUAACAACCAGUCUGGGAUUCGGGAUUAUUGGGCAAUGUCCAUGUUUUGGGGUGCCCACCCUGAUGGUGGAUUCAAACUUGGAGAAGAUGCCAAGAAGACGCUCGACCGCACCAGGUCCUUGCAUUUUGAACCUGGCACCCAGUAUGCGUACUGCAACCUAAACUUCCAUGUUCUCGCACGAGUUGUCGAGAAAGUGAGUGGAAGCAAACUUGGUGACCUGCUCGACGAAAGACUCUUCUCGCUGGCUGGAAUGAAAACUGCGACCUUGUGCGAAGACAACGCUAAUCUUCCGCCGCCCUGCGUUGGGUAUGAAGGGUGUGAAUCUUUUGGCUUCGUUCCGGCUACCAACUGUAUGCAGUGGUCCGGGGAUGCCGGGGUUGUAGCAUCUCUCAAAGACAUGGUCGCUUAUGAGAGUUAUUUGGACAAAUCCUGGGACAACCCGCACAGUUUGUAUCGAGCGGUCGCCCGGGAACAGUCGUUCAAAGAUGGUACAGCGGCACGAUAUGGGUAUGGCCUAGCGCACGGUACUGUCGGAGGUGUGGUCACUAUCGGGCAUGGCGGUGCCCUUCGUGGUUUUCGCCUUCACAGACUCCACGCGCCAUCCGAAAGACUGUCGGUUGUGGUUAUGCUCAAUCAUCAGGCUGAUGCAGAAGAGGUAGCGGAUCACAUUUUGAAAUCCGUGCUCAAGUUAUUUGGGCACCAGUUGCCAUUCCUCAAAACCGCCAAACCCUCGCCAGAUUGGGUUGGCACAUUCUUCGACCCUGAUGCCCAGCUGGCAGUUGAGGUCAGUUAUGGCAGUCCGGGCCAAGUGAUCGUCUCUUAUACGGGUGGCGAUGAGACGCUUACCUGUGUCGAUGAAGUCAAUGGCCAAUCGACUACCAUGAAGGGGAAAAUAGACCGCGACAUCCUCACGAUUCAUCGCUUAGUUGAUAAUCGCGUCGUCAAUGCCCGACGCGUUGGCUCUAGUCAGGAGCCGCCCAAAGAACAUUAUAUCGGCAAAUAUCGCUGUGCGGAGAUCGACUCAACUUUCUAUUGCAGCGGCGCGGGUGGCAUGUUAUAUGGGGCUUUCGACGGAUUCUUAGGACAAGGGCCAGCACACCUUAUGCGAUACCUGGGAGAUGAUAUCUGGGCUCUCUCGUGCCCUCGAGGCUUGGACGCCCCGGCACCUGGUAACUGGACAGUCGUGUUUAAACGCGACGGCCAUGGGUAUAUCACUAGUGUUGUGAUUGGUUGUUGGUUAGCCAGAAAAGUGGUAUUUAUCAAACAGUGA